ACAGAAAAAAAGGGAAGUUGAGUGAGAGGUACUGUAGCUAGCUAUCAUUAGCAGUUUGUUCACAGAGGUAAUUAAAGUAACAGCUAGUCGUAUUUAACGUUAUAUGUAUAUAUAUAUGUUUAACAACCAGACAUACCUUAUCACACCCUCCUGCUGACACAACAAGAAGGACAGUGGAUUUUCUCGAAAGCUUUCCAGCCCCUCAGCUCUGAAGAUGGAGGAGGACCAUGUUCACUGUUUAUCCUGUGUAAACCAGAGAUGCAUGGUCAGACCUCAACCAGGCAUCUCCUGUGACCUUAUCACCUGUCCUCUGGUGUGUGGGGCCGUGUUUCACUCCUGCAAACUUGACGAGCACCAUCUUAUGUGCCCAUUGAUGAGGGUUCCCUGCCUCAACAGUGGCUAUGGCUGCCCUGCCACCCUGGUCCGCAACAACAUGUCUGCACACCUUGAAGUUUGUCCAGCUGGAGUGGUGUGCUGCACUAUGGAGUGGAACAGAUGGCCCAUCAGCUGCCUGGCCUAUACUUCCUAUGAGAGCCUGAGCCGUGGUGUGGAGGAGGUGGAGCAGCUGGACAUGGCUCUUGCUCUUCAGGACCAACGUACACUACUGGAGUCCCUCAAGGUGAUUGCCAUGGCACCUACUGCAGAGGGAGAGCCACUUGUUCCUGUUAGUCAGGAGACCAUGGCAACAGACUUGCUUACAUCUGCGCCCACAGUUAUUGAGCCACCGCCACAGUCACCAUCUUUGCAUGAGCCCCAACCUCCACCCCCAGGCUCGGCAAAGGAGAGAAUUGUCAGUGGAAUUAAUGGUUUGAAUGAGGAGCACUUUAGUAAACUGUAUGAUGCAACAGUGGAGACUGCGAGGAGCCUAGUUGCCGCUUUAGAAUUUGUUAGCAGUGCCAACGCUGUUGACAGCAGCACAGAGUGUGCGAACAAAGGUAUACAGACAAAUAGACUGAGCAGCAAGGGAGACCCUCAGAGUGGACUGGAGGAUGAAACUCUUGCAGCUACUGAGGGUUUGAUUAAAAAUGAGAUAGAGGAGCAAAGCGUUUGUUCUAGCUGUCUGAGAGGAAAUGAAGCUCUUAAAGGAACAGAUGAAAAUGUUUUAAAUGCAACAAAUGGACCAUUGUCAGGAGAAGUGGAGCCCAGUGUGGAGACAGCCUGUCCUGACAUGAAUGCAGGGGUUUCCCAGGAGCCAGUCAGUCCUCCAUUGGCAUCUCCAGUUCAUGUCAGUCAGGGAGUGGCGCAGAGGGCUGGUCAUGUGGUCCUUGAAGAUAGGGGUUUAGUUCUUUUAGAAAAUCAUGGGCCUGAGCGCAGGUUCCACAACUACCAGUUUUAUAGAGGACAGGGCCAGUAUUUAUUACCAAAUGGACGGAUAGGUUUCAUCCCAGAGAGGCCAUUGUAUAGAUUGAGACCCAAAAUGGAGGAUAAGGCAGUGGAUACCUCGGACCUGGAGCAGGAUGAAGACCCCAUGGGUCUGGGAGAGAUCGAUCUGAUCACAGCAGCCCUGCUCUUCUGUUUGGAGGAGUCCAGAGAGUGUCGAAGGAUCUCUGAUACAGUCUAUGUUGAUGGCUACCGUGUUGACUUCGGCACACAGACGUUUACUUUCCCUGCGGCCAUCUUGGUAACCAACACUAGAGUGGGUGACAUGGCAUCUGCGUCUGCAUGUGACCAUGCUGCCCCCCAGAUCUCCUACCCCAGUCCUUUCCGCACACUCCGUCUUGGCCUUGUCCUGGAAGCUCUGGAGGUUGAGGCAGUCCCACAUAAUCGCUACCUCCCUAACCAUCCCCGCUACCAGCACAUGUUCCCCUUCGUCUGUGGUCAGUCAUUCCGCCGGGACCAGUUUUCUUCCCAUUUCACAAACGUCCAUGGCGACAUUCAUGCUGGUCUCAAUGGUUGGAUGGAGCACCGCUGCCCCCUGGCAUAUUAUGGCUGCACGUUCUCCCAGCGAAGGUUUUACCCAUCCAACCAGGGGGCAAAGGUGAUUCAUGACAGGCACCUCAAGUCCUUUGGGGUGCAGCCUUGUCCAGGGGCAAAAGUUCCAGGUGACUCCCAGUCUGACCAGUUUAGUGGGCUUCCCAUUGAGAUACUUUUGCACAUAGCUGGCUUCCUGGACAGUUUCAGCCUGUGCCAGCUGUCGUUGGUGUCGCGGACUAUGAGAGAGGUGUGUGCCAGUCUUCUCCAGACCAGGGGCAUAGUAGACCUACAGUGGGAGCGAAGACCACGCCCUGGUGCUCCUGGUACUGUAUCAUGGCAAAUCAAGAAUAAAGUGUGGAGAUUCAGCACCGCUUUCAGCCCAGUGAUGUCGUGGGGUUUCACUGAUCUGCCCAGCAUGUCAAACCAUCUUAAGAAGUGCCAGUUCAACACAGUGGAACACAAGACUGAGCCUGUACCUCUUCCUGCCAUGUGCACCACACGAGACGGACAGUCGCUGCGCCGCGUCCUGCGUCACAUUAACACCUGACCAAACCGCGCUGACUUCUCACAGCUCUAUGUGGUAUCACACGCGGAUGCUGCAUUUCAAAGAUUUUCUGUCGCGAACACAAUUAACUCUUCCUGUAUUAUACUAGAUAAUGAAGAAGCCUUAAUGAAAUAACACCUUACUUGCCACAGUUAACGUCUGUCAUUGUGGGUGGUCUGUUUGUGGAUGAAAAAAAAACUUGUAAGCAUUUAGCUUUGCAUGGAUUAAUGCUGAAAAAACACACCCUUAUUCUGGUAAGAUAAAGUAUAUUUUCUUGAAGACAAAUAUGCACAUUAGAUUUAUAUUAUUCUAUAUUAUCCUGUGGAAUUUCAGUGUUUUCACUAUCUUGCCUUUCAGUAGUAUCAGCCAUGGGGGAAAAGCAGGUUGUUGGUUAUAUUGCACUAUUUCUGCAUGACAGAAGUUAUGCCAGCACUUUACACAAGACUUGCUAUUCCCUUCUCGGUUGAUAUGUGACCCUAAAUAAUCUGUUGUUUGGGUUUGUAGGAUGUCAGGACGUGAGUCACAACAGAUGGAUAUUCGUGAGGAUAGCCUGAUGAUGCAUGUGAUUUGCUACCAAUUAAUAAAGUCUUCACUGCCUUUUA